AUGGAGAGUGUGUGGAAGCCUAAUGUUGAGAUAUCCCCAAAUUGCCCUCGGUGUGGUUCCUCCAACACAAAGUUUUGCUACUACAACAACUACAGCUUAACUCAACCAAGGUACUUUUGCAAGGGCUGUAGAAGGUACUGGACAAAAGGUGGGUCCCUCCGGAACGUUCCGGUCGGCGGCGGCUGCCGGAAGAAUAGAAGAGGUAAUAAAACCCUAAGACAAUCCCUUGAAGGCCUUAAUUUCAAGAAUUCAUCAUCAUCACCAUCACAUGAUCAUACCUCAAAUAACCCUAACCCUAACCCUAACCCUAUUAUUGGCCAUCAUCAUUCUAAUAGAUCCUCAUCACCAGUGAUAGCUGAUGGACCAAACAUUGACCUUGCCCUAGUUUAUGCAAAUUUCCUCAAUCAAAAGCCAAAUUCAGUAGAUGGGGUGGUUGAGAAUAAUAACAAUAAUCAAGAUCAUCAUCAUCAUCAUCAAUUAUUGCAACCAGUUUUUGAUGAUCCUUCUCUAGAAGAUGGUCCAAGUAGUACUAAUUUUCCUCCUCAUCAAGAGUUUGGUCUUAAUGGAUGUAUAAAUCUUCCUGAGCUACCCAAAUUUGUUGGUGAGGGAAAUAAUAACCAUCAAAUGUACUUAAAAGAGUUCAACUCUUCUAUGGAGAUUCAUCAUCAAAGGGAUAAUAAUAAUAAUAACAAUGAUGGACCAAUUGAGCAUUGUAGUAUCAAUACUUUUGAGUUGCCACCAUUACCGGGUGAUGAAGAAGCCUCACAUCAUCAUCAUCAUCAUCAUCAUCAUCAUCAUUUGAUGUGGUCAAAUGAUAACAAUCCUGAGAUGAUAAUGGUGAACCAUGAUGCCUUUCAUGAUCAAGUAGCCACACAUCAUCAUCAUCAUCCACCACUUUUUGGGAGUGAAGCUCAUCAUGAUGCUGACUUGUUAAUUGGUAAUUGGAGCCCCUUUGAUUUGCCAUCAUCAAAUGAUGCUUCUUCAUUUUCUAGGCAUCGAUGA